GAGAGAGAGAGAGAGAGAGAGAGAGAGCGAGAGAGAGCGAGCGAGCGAGCGAGUGCCCCCCGCCAACGUUCAUCUGAUCCACCAUCUCAUCGUUUGGGUCAUGACGCUCGAAGCGAUCCGCUACCGGGCCGGGUCUCUGCAGAUCCUCAAUCAGCUGCUUCUGCCGCAUGAGACCGUGUACGAUGAAGUUCGCUCUGUCCAGGAUGCUUACGAGGCCAUCAAGUCCAUGAAGGUGCGGGGUGCCCCAGCCAUUGCCAUCGUUGGCUGCCUAAGCCUCGCGGUGGAGCUGCGGGCAGGUGCGGGUGGUGAGGACCCAUUGACCUUCAUCAGGGAGUCUCUGUGUCAUCUGACUUCAGCUCGGCCCACCGCCGUCAACAUGGGCCGCGCUGCUCGGGAGUUGAUGGAAUUUUCGGAAAACGAAAGCAUGGAGAAGAACUUUGAGCAGCUUCGUGAGAGUGUGAUUGCCUGGAUUGAGGAGAUGCUGGACCGUGAUGUCAAUGACAACAGGAAGAUUGGUAACUAUGGUGCCCAGCACAUCCUGUCUGGGGUCCCGAGGGAUUCUGUAACCAUCCUUACACACUGCAACACUGGUUCGCUGGCUACUGCUGGAUAUGGAACUGCACUGGGUGUGGUGCGUAGCCUCCAUGCAUUGGGCAGGCUGAAGCGUGUGUAUUGUACAGAAACAAGACCAUACAACCAGGGAGCCAGGCUGACUGCCUAUGAGGCAGUGGCUGAGGGUUUUCCUGCUACACUCAUCACAGACAGCAUGGCUGCACUCACCAUGAGAGAGAGGGGUAUCACAGCUGUGGUGGUAGGUGCAGACAGGGUUGUGGCUAAUGGUGACACUGCCAACAAAGUGGGCACAUACCAGUUGGCCAUCACUGCCAAGCACCAUGGGAUUCCAUUCUAUGUGGCAGCACCGAGUACAUCAUGUGAUUUAAGUCUUGAGAGCGGCAGGGACAUUAUUAUUGAAGUGCGGCCCCCUGAGGAGCUCACCAGCAUAAAUGGAGUCCCCAUUGCUGCCCCAGGUAUUGAGGUGUGGAACCCAGCCUUUGAUGUGACCCCUCACCAGCUAAUUACAGGAGGCAUCAUUACAGAGCUGGGAGUCUUCCUCCCCUCUGAGCUCCAGGCAGCGCUUACUGGCCGUCUCACCGCCCUCUAGACCUACUCAGCUCCCUCUGCUGGCCACUUUGUGCCAGUGGCCUUUCAAAUUAAUACUCCCACUCCCAACACACACACAGACAUGGUUGUGGUGUAAUUUUAAUUUACUACAUUGGUAAACACAGUCUGUGUUACAUCAGUGCACAAAGAUCAGUCUAAUGCAUAAAAUCACAUGUCCUACAGUCACACACACACACUCGUACACACAAACACUGCAGGGACUCAAGUACAGUCUCCCCGUCCUUUUCUGUCCUCCUCAUUUUUCUUUGGUCUCUCCCUUCCCCGUCAGCACAUCACUGAGUAUCCAUUAUCUCCCUCCCUCUCUCUCCUGCAAUGAUGAAAAGUGCUCAGCUUAAACAUCACAGAGUAUCUGUUCUCUCUUUCUCUUUUGUGCUCAGCUAGACUGUCCCAUGAAUUAAAUUUGGCAGUUUUUGUAAGUCUUUUCUGAGGUCAUUUUUUCAGGGCCUUUUCGAUUAUAAAAGUUUAUAAAGGGAUGCAUCGAAUUGCUGAUAUGUCAUUUUAAAAAGCUGGAUUUUGAAUACCCAUGGUGCUUAAAGUGUGAUUGAAGUGCUGCUACCGACUUGUAAAUAUCUAUAAUCCUAUUACUAGUGUACAUAUGUACAAAUGAACCCCUAACAGUUAAUGGUAGCAUAAUUCUAACCAAGUAAGUGGUUAUUUGAAACUAAAUUCACCCAGUCAAAAAUGUUAUAUUAACAUUUGUUUUAAUUUUCUCUAUGUAGAAACUUUUAUAGAAAUAUAGAUCAAGCAAACUGAUUGUUCAGAGAUUUACAGAGACUGAAUUGUAAUGGAUAUGAAGAACCAUAUUUCAUUUAUACAGUUCAGUUCUUGCUGCAAAAUUUUUUAACACAAAGUGGAAGGUUUUU